AUGCAGUCCGAAGAUGGACUAUUGUCUGAUCCCCAGCUCGGUGGCGCCGCUUUUCACACUGCCGGGCUGCAGGACGCAACUAAACCAACGCCAACUGCCAGCCCAGUUCCAAGUGUGAGAGAGUCCCGCGGCCCAGGGCCUUACACGAUGUCACAGAUGAAAAGGUCGCGAGAGUCGAGGCUGUCGAGCAGGGACUUGGAGACCGGCAACCUUCCCGAGUUGCUCCUGGCUCCUGCUCUCCUGGAAAUUAGAACUGCUGGCAGGUGGCCCUCUGGCUGGGCGGUUCCCCCGCCGUUCCGUACCGGCCGGAACAGCACGUGA